GCGCAUUCUUUCGGCAAAGAGAGAGAGGGGGCAAUGCUCUGACAAUAUGGCGAGCGGGGAGCUCGAAGACUGAGCGACGGUUGCUGUGGCGCCUUUGUGCCGGGGGUUGGGCAGUGGCAGGUCCUCUUCACCCCGGGGCUGGGGAAUCGGGUUUAGCUGCUGGCGGAGCCGGGCCUGGUUUCCAGGAGCAGGGAGGGAGGCUGGCGGCCUAGCGCGGGCUCAGGCUGAGGCGAAGCCGGGAGGGAGGCGGCGGCCGGCCCGCGAUGAAGAGACAGAGCGAGCGCGACUCUAGUCCCGGCUCGGCCCCAGGCAGCGGGCCCGGGGGCAGGGCGGCCAAGAGGCCCCGGGAACGGGACAGGGAGCGAGAACGGGAGAGCAGGGCUGGGCGGGAGGAGGGCGACACAGGCCGAGGAGGGGCAGGGGGAGGCGGCAACUACCACAAGGCCGGGCUCAGCACCAAACACCCGGGCCGCAGUAGGAGUAGGAGCCGGGACAGGCCUGGGGGAGGAGGGGAGAAAUCCAACAGUAACAGCCGCAGGGAGGACAGGGGGGACCACCAUCACCACCACCAUGAAGCUGCCAGCUCUACCAGGCUGCCCUCUGCCAGAACCAGCUCCACCCAGAAAAACAAAGGUGACAAUAGCAGGCCUGCUGGCCUCGAGUACAAGACCCUGGUGGUCAGCAACUUGGGCACGCAGCUGACCGACGAGGCGGUGGAGGACGGCCUCUUCCACGAGUUCAAGAAGUUUGGGGAGGUGAGCGUCAGCGCCACGCACACCCCGGAGGGCGGCCGGCUAGCCUAUGUGCAUUUCCGGCACCAUGAGGAUGCCAAGGAGGCGAGGCAUGCCAAGGGCCGGCUGGUGCUCUACGACCGACCCCUGAAAAUUGAGCCGGUGUACCCCAAGAGGAGGAGCUGCACCCCGCCAGAGGUCAACUACGUGCCCAUCCACACUGGGUACCAGUACCGGCAGCGCUCUUUGUCGCCAGGGGCCUGUGCCCUCCGAGAGCAGAGGACAAGACAUGCUAAUUAUCCCAUCGAGGCAGUACCUCUGACAAGGGAGCGGGAGCGGUCGUUAGAUUAUUACGGACUGUAUGAUGAGCGUGGGCGUGCUUACAGCUACCCUGUGCAGGAGGACGAUUUGAUGCCUGAGGAUGACAAGCGAGCUACGAGGAAUUUGUUUAUUGGCAACCUGGACCACAACAUUUCAGAGAGCGAUUUGAGACGUGCUUUUGAGAAAUAUGGCAUCAUCGAGGAGGUGGUCAUCAAGCGCCCGGCCAGGGGGCAAGGGGGUGCCUACGGGUUCUUAAAAUUUCAGAAUUUGGACAUGGCGCACCGAGCCAAAGUGGCCAUGUCAGGCCGGGUAAUCGGCAGGAACCAUGUUAAAAUUGGAUAUGGCAAAGCCAACCCAACGACUCGAUUGUGGGUGGGUGGGCUGGGGCCCUUGACAUCACUGGCUGCCCUUGCCCGGGAGUUUGACCGGUUUGGCAGUAUUCGCACUAUUGACUAUGUGAAAGGAGACAGCUUUGCUUACAUACAGUACGAGAGUUUGGAUGCUGCGCAAGCUGCCUGUGCCCAGAUGCGUGGCUUUCCCCUUGGAGGGCCUGACCGGCGGCUGAGAGUCGACUUUGCCAAGGUGGAGGACACCCGGUACCAGCAGCCUUACCCGCAGGUCCCACUUCCAGUACCCUAUGAGCUGCUGGCAGAUGGAUUCGGCCGGCAUCGGAGCCUGGAGCGGGAGGCCCGUGCACGUGACCGUACCCCGCCCCUGCCCCUUUACCACGAGCGGGAGAGGAGCUACUUGGAUGGCGACUGGAGCAGCCCGGCCAAAAAUCUGGAGCGCCGCAACAACGCUGACGGGUAUAGUGUCUCCAUCCGCAACCGGGACCGCUGGCCGAGUGAGCGGGAGAAUGACCGUGGCACUGUUGCUGCCAAGCCGUGGGAGGAGCGGCGAAAACGCCGGAGUCUUUCCAACGAGCGCAUCCGGCCUGUACUCUCACCCUACGAGGAGCGUGCGCGGGCCAAGCCUCGGGGCUCAUUGGAGCCGAGUCCGGACAAGAGGAGCAGAGAUGCCCGUGGGGCAGAUGGCACUACUGACAAGGAUCAGGUCACAGCUGUCCCUCCAGAGGACCGGCGCCCACCUGUCGAGGACAAAGCGCUGUCAGAAUCCCACGACCCUGUGCAGCUAAAAAAGAAAGACAAUGAACGUAAUCACAGAACUAGUGAGAUUGAGCAUGAGACUAAAGCGAGUGUUGAAGCUCCAAAACCAGAGACCAAGAAGCCAGCCAAUUUGUUGGAGUUUGCCCAGGCACUGACACUCGCCUGGAACGGUGUUCUUGUGCUCAAAAACAGCUGCUUUCCAACAAACAUGUUCACACUAGAGGGUGACGCUGCCAUUACCCAUUCCCUCCUAAAGGAUUCUGCAACGGGUGCCCGAGUGUCUCAGUUGAAGAUUGCGCAACGUCUCCGCCUUGACCAGCCCAAGUUGGAUGAGGUGACCCGCCGCAUCAAGCAGGGCAGUCCUGAUGGCUACGUCGUGCUGCUCGCCAUGCAGGCUCCUCAGGGGGCUGAGGGGGGCGACGGGGCUGUGGCUGUGGAGCCUGGCCUCCAGCAGAGGCUGUUGCGGAAUCUGGUGUCAUAUCUGAAGCAGAAGCAGGCGGCAGGGGUAAUUGGUUUGCCCGUUGGCGGGGUAAAGGACAAGGAUAACACAGGCAUGCUGUAUGCCUUCCCGCCCUGUGGCUUCUCUCAGCAAUUCCUGCAGACAGCCAUGAGGACAUUGGGGAAAGUGGAUGAAGAACAUUUGAUUGUGGUAAUAGUACGGGACUCUGUCUGAGAGAGAGAAAAUGUAACUUCUCUUGUUGGGACUGCCAUUUCAGUUCAAGUGACUUUGGGACAAUGAUUGCUAAACCAAACAAAUGUGUCUGCACCAGAACUUUUAGUCGUCUAAUUCUGUACUCUUGUUUUUACCAAUUACCAUGAUAGCCCCUUUAUUCCUUCCAAGUGGAAUUUUAGGCCAGUGCUGAACUUUGACCUUUAAUUUGUUUGGUUUUUUUUUAAAAAUUGGUUGUAUGAAGAAAGUUCUGAAUUGUCAGUAAAGCUGCGUCUAACGUUGUAUUUUUAA